AUGGCUUCCCUCAGAUUCCUCGCAUCCCGUCUCUCUCGACGUCACUUUUCCACCACUCCGCACCGCUUCGAGCACUACCUAGAUGCCGACUUUCACACCUUUAAAAAAGUGACCACAGCGGAAGGACGCAUCGUUCUCGUUGACUUUUACGCAGACUGGUGCCAGCCAUGCAAAGUCCUCUCUCCCAUCCUCGAACAACUCACCGAGGAUCCUUCCACCGAGACUGCGUCCCGCCAGCCAUUGGACCUAGUCACAAUCAAUAGCGAUACCGAGGAGGGAAGAGAGCUAUGUCAGCGGUUCAAGGUACGCGCGCUUCCAACCGUUGUAGCGUUCCAAGGAGGCAAAGCCAUCAAGACAUUUACCGGCGCGCUGAGGGAACGCCAAGUCCGCCAGUUUUUAAGGGAGAUAUGA